CUCUCUCGUGCUCACCAGCCAUUUAGCAAAGAAAGCCACCAAGAAGCGGCCAUGGAGCAGAAGCCGUCGUCCCUCGUGCUCAUCGGCCUCCUCGCCACGCUCUGCGCCGGCCCGGGUCACGCCCUGGCCCUGCGCCUUCUGAACGGCGGCCUGGAGUUCUCCUUCGGCUCCAAGGCGGCCACGGCAGGCACGGAGACCGAGCCGCUGGACCCGUCUCUGGGCGACGACUACGAAAACGAGAUCAGCCACGUGGAGUUCGAGCCGGAGCUCGGCAGCGCGGCGCCGUACGCCGCGGCCGCAGCGGGGCCGGCCACGGGGCCUGUGAGGGCCCGGAACACCGCGGCCGGGCGCCACAGCAUGAAAUGGUGGCUGCCGCCGUCGACCAUGCCGUCGUUUCCGCUGCUCCCGAACCCCGUCGGCAUGCCCGGGCCCGGCAUCCCGGGGCUCCCGCUGCCCGGCAUGCCGUUCCACCCCAUCGGCGGUUGGGGGGCGCCCGCACCUCCUACCACAGAGACCACGAGCACGAACGUCAACGACCCCAACGCGAGCGGAGGCGGCGUUAACUGACCUGCUUGCGUAUACUGAUUACUGAGACGGUGCUAGAGCUCACAGUUCAUUUUUUUUUUGUUCAGCUCUUACAACUAUUUAUUCACUAGUACUAGUAUCCGUGUCAUCGCGUGAAUGGAAGCAUGAAAACGUAAUCGUAUUUUGCUCCAAUACAUG